AUGUUCAAAAAAGCCUUGUCUUCUUCCGUAUUGCGUCAUUCAUCAUCCAUUGUUCAACCAAAGAACAGCAGCAGAUUCUUCUCAUCAAACCAAGUCUGCCACAAGACUACCGCUACAUUGUUCCCUGGUCAUGGUAUUGGUCCUGAAAUUUCUCAAGCUGUCGUCAAGAUUCUUGAUGCUGCUGGAGCUAAUAUUGAAUGGGAAACAUACGACAUUGGUAUUCCACAACCUGGAAGUAUUGAUUUGAUUUCUCCUGAGGCUCUUGCAAGUGUUAGAAAGAAUAAAGUUGGAUUGAAGGGACCUUUGGCUACACCAAUUGGUAAAGGAUACAGAUCAUUGAACAUUACAUUGAGACAAGCUUUGGAGCUUUAUGCCAACGUAAGACCAGCUGUAAGCAUUCCUGCUAUUAAGACAGGAUACCCACAUGUUGACGUUGUUGUUGUAAGAGAAAAUACCGAAGGAGAGUAUUCUGGUUUAGAGCAUGAAGUAGUUCCAGGAGUUGUUGAAUCUUUGAAGGUUAUCACUCAAAAGUCAUCAAUGCGUAUUGCUGAAUAUGCUUUCAGAUAUGCUUCUGAGAAUAAGCGACAUAAGGUUACUAGUGUUCACAAGGCUAACAUCAUGAAGAUGAGUGACGGUCUUUUCUUGGAAUGCUGCAGAGAAGUGGCCAAGAAGUAUCCAAACAUUAAGUAUGAGGAAGUUAUUGUUGAUGCUUGUUGCAUGAAGUUGGUUCGUUAUCCUCAAGAAUUCGAUGUUUGUGUGACACCAAACUUGUAUGGUGACAUUUUAUCUGACCUGUGUGCUGGUUUGAUUGGUGGACUUGGCCUGACACCCAGCGGCAACUUUGGUGAGCACGCUAGCGUUUUUGAAGCUGUUCACGGAACUGCUCCUGAUAUUGCUGGACAAGAUAAGGCUAAUCCAACUGCUCUGUUGUUGAGCGCUUUAAUGAUGUUGAGACAUUUGCAAAUGUUUGAUGUUGCUGAUCGUGUUGAAAAGAGUGUCAUGAAGGUACUUGCUGAAGGAAAGGUUUUGACUGGUGAUUUGGGUGGUAAAGCCAAAUGUUCUGAAUACACCAACGAAAUUAUUAAGCAUCUCUAG